CACUUGCUCCUUUGGCCUAUUGUGCGACCUGUAUCCAACCGGCGUGUCGAUCAGUUCAUAUUCGUUUCAGACAGUAGUUGUGGACGCUUGCUUCCAUUAAUUUAACGUACAUCAGUCUGAUAAGACCAGUUGAAUGCUUGUGAAUUCAAAUAUACCAUCUUUUGAGUGAAAUUCAAUUGAAAAUUAAUUAUUUGUUGAUCAAUUGAGAAAAAUCUGUGACUUGUGUGUUACUUUCUCUGAUAACUUUAUCAUUUCACUCCAUUAUUGUCGUUAAUUCCAAAUUCAUUUAGUGUAAACAGCCAUGGUUGCCAGCUCGAAGAUGAUGAACGUGAGGGUGACGACGAUGGAUGCCGAGUUGGAGUUUGCUAUCCAGCAGGCAACAACUGGCAAGCAACUCUUCGACCAGGUGGUCAAAACGAUUGGUUUACGUGAAGUUUGGUUUUUUGGACUCCAAUAUACUGAUAGCAAAGGAGAUUUAACAUGGAUCAAAUUAUACAAGAAGGUAAUGAGCCAAGAAGUCAAAAAAGAGAACCCUUUGCAAUUUAAAUUUCGUGCCAAAUUCUAUCCUGAGGAUGUGGCUGAAGAAAUUAUCCAGGACAUUACUUUGCGGCUAUUUUAUCUUCAAGUGAAGAAUGCAAUCCUCACUGAUGAAAUCUACUGUCCACCAGAAACAUCCGUCCUUCUUGCAUCCUAUGCAGUUCAAGCAAGACACGGAGAUUUCCAGAAAGGAACUCAUAUGCCCGGCUUUCUCGCUAAUGAUCGUUUACUACCACAACGAGUUAUGGAUCAACAUAAAAUGAGUAAGGAAGAAUGGGAGAGUUCUAUUACUACUUGGUGGCAAGAACAUCGCGGAAUGCUUCGUGAAGAUGCUAUGAUGGAAUAUCUAAAAAUUGCUCAGGAUUUAGAAAUGUACGGUGUAAACUAUUUCGAGAUCCGUAAUAAAAAGGGAACAGAGAUCUGGUUGGGUGUAGAUGCUUUAGGUUUAAAUAUCUAUGAAAAGGAUGACAAAUUAACACCGAAAAUUGGUUUUCCAUGGUCAGAAAUUAGAAAUAUUUCUUUCAAUGAAAGAAAAUUUAUUAUCAAACCUAUUGACAAAAAAGCACCAGAUUUUGUCUUUUUUGCACCUAGAGUUAAGAUUAACAAGAGAAUUCUGGCACUUUGCAUGGGUAAUCAUGAGCUCUAUAUGCGUAGACGUAAACCUGACACUAUUGACGUUCAACAAAUGAAGGCGCAAGCUCGUGAUGAAAAGAUUGCUAAACAGCAGCAACGUGAAAAACUUCAAUUGGAAAUUGCGGCAAGAGAACGUGCUGAAAAGAAACAGCAAGAAUAUGAAGAAAGGCUAAGGAGUAUGGCUGAGGAAAUGGAUAGACGACAAGCUGAAUUAACUGAAGCUCAAGAGAUGAUCAGACGUCUUGAAGAACAGUUGAGACAAUUACAAGCGGCUAAAGAAGAAUUAGAAGACCGUCAGAAGGAACUUACCGCUAUGAUGGAGAAACUUGAACGCUCUCAUGAAAUGGAAGCUGCUGAGCGAGCUAAAUUGGAGCAAGAAAUUCGAGCUAAACAGGAAGAAGUUACGCGUAUUCAAUCGGAAGUUGAUGCAAAGGAUGCUGAAGCUAGGAGAUUACAAGAAGAAGUUGAAAAUGCAAGACUACGACAAGCAGAGGCUGAUAGAGCAAUGCAAGCUAAUACUACUCCUCAUCACCAUCAUGUCCAAGAAAAUGAAGAUGGUGAAGAAGAAGGUGAAGAUGAAGAAUCUCGUGAUGUAACUAAAGAAUUAACAACUGAUGAAAAUAUUAUUGAUCCUGUUGAAGAACGUCGUACACUUGCUGAAAGAAAUGAGCGUCUACAUGAUCAACUUAAAGCAUUGAAACAAGAUCUUGCACAGUCACGAGAUGAGACAAAAGAAACAGUAAUGGAUAAAAUUCACCGAGAAAAUGUACGUCAAGGUCGCGAUAAAUAUAAAACAUUGCGUGAAAUUCGUAAAGGUAAUACCAAACGUCGUGUUGAUCAAUUUGAAAACAUGUAAAUUAUAUUUUUUAAAAUAUACUUUGAAAAUCCGACCACACUGAGGAAAAAUAUGGAAUAAUUUUUCCUGUCUCAUUCCGUGCGUUUAGUUUAUAUAAAAAUAUGAAGAAAUUAAUUUACAUCAACAAAUAUGAACGCAAGGAAUAAUCAGAUUGCAAUUCUAUUUUAAGAUUUUAAUAAAAGAUCUUAGAGUUCAUACUUUGAAUAAUAAAUGUAUAAACAUUACAUACUUUAAACUAUAUAUUGGUAUUCAAGGCGCAUUUCAAACAUUUAUCAAAUAUUUUAUUUAUUGAUAAAAAGAAUAAUUAUAGUAAAAUUUUUAUUUUUUUCUUAAUUUUGAAUGAUGCAUUGAUAAUUAAAUAUCUGAAAUAUAAUCUUUUACACUUCCGUAGUAUAUUAAAAGCACAAAGAACGAAAUGGUAAUACAUAUCGAAAAUGAAAAAAAAAAAAUGAAAAUUUUACUCUACUUCGUUCUUAUCAAGCUUCAAUAACUUUUCCCUUUUUCGUUAAAAUUGCCCUGCUUUGAAAUUUUUAUAAACUCUUUUGAAUCAUCUUAUUGAUUUUAAAUUUAUUAGUUUUCUGUUUGUAUCAAUGUCAUAAUGUUUAUUGCAAAUCUCUUUGCAUUAAUUAAUAAACGCGAAAUGAUUCUAUUAUUUUUUAAUACUGUUAUUCACUAUUGAUAUCAUCAUUAUUAUUAUUACUAUUAUAUUACUUUUUUGCAUAAAUAUUUAUAGAUUAAUAAUAUGAUAAAAUGUUUAACCAUAAUUGCAUGUUUCUUCCAUUUUUGAUUAUUGUUAAAUAAUGUUGACGAUAUUUGCAAUAGUUAUUUUUGAAUAAAAAAUCACAUAUAUGAUGCUAACAUUUUUCGAAGACAGCCCCGGAGGCAUACUUCAAUUUUUUAAUAUUCUGGAAUCGCAAUGAAUAAUUAAAAUAAUUAGUAAUUUUACAUUAAGCACACUGGUGGCCUUUCUAGUAAAUACAUAUAAUAAUGUGACUUAAA